AUGAAUAGUAGUAAUAGUGACGAUGAUGGUAUUAAACAACAACAACAACAACAACAACAACAACAGAAACAGAAUAAUGAUAAAGAUUCAAUAAGACAAUCAUGUGUAAUAGUUAGAAUUAGAGGACCUUCAGAGACACAUAGACCAUAUAUUUCAACGUCUACUGCAUCAUCAUCAUCGUCCUCACCGUACCCAUCAUCAUAUCCACCAUCAUCGUCAUCAUCUUCAUCACAUCCUAUUACAACUCAAUCUAAUAGUCAUGCCAAUGGUUCAAAUGGACCAUCUGCAUUUUCCCAUUCAUUCUACUUUGUGUUAAACAAUCAGUUUGAAUGUUCGUUGGGAUUGGUUGUCCUAAAGGUCAACGAAUCGCUGCGGGCCAUCGACUCGGCCUACCGAAAUGUUUUGUUUGGCAACUCAUUGGCCAUGCACAGCGGGUCACCCGUGACCGUGGUUGCAUCACCGUUUGGGUACAUCUCUCCGACGAUAUUCCUGAAUUCACUCUCGACUGGCGUCAUUUGCAACUGCAUCCAAGAACGAACCUACUCCCAACCCUCACUCUAUCUCACCGACGCCAGGUGUUUGCCUGGCAGCGAGGGUGGUGGCGUCUUUGAUAACGAUGGACGUCUAGUUGGCGUUGUCGCCACCCCCAUCAAAUCCAAAGACGACAAAUCUCCCUUUAACCUCACUCCUCUUAUCCCCGUUCACACCUUUAUCAUGGCAUUGGAAAAACUAUCAAAAAAGGAAAACAUUAAUCUAUUUCCAGGGACAACAAAUAUAGGUAGUGGAGGGAUGGGUUCUCUUUCAUCUUCAUUUCCUUCACCUUGUCCUUCUAGUGAUGGAUUAUUGACAUCGCUAAAGAAUAAGAUUGUAUUGGUUAAAUUUAAGGAUACUUGGGGAUCGGGUGUAAUCAUAUCAGACGAUGGAUACGUGUUGACGAAUGCGCAUUUACUGACACCAACCAUCCCCGCAUUAAAGGCGUCUACGACGGCUGCAUCAAUUGCGUCGCUUCAGUCCCCGACAGUGUCUUUAUCAGAGAAUAGUUAUCCACCUUCACUAUUUGAAAACUAUCAAGUCGAUAUUCGAGUCAACUUUGCAUCGAUUGUUGGAAAAGAGGCGGUCGAGGGACACUCUUGGUACAGGGGUGCGAUUGAAUACAUUUCACAUACACAUCUAGACAUUGCAUUGCUACGUAUUAAAAGACACAUUGAAUCUGACCGAUUCCAUCAUGUCACUUGCAAUACAUUGGCCAAUCCCAAGCAUGGAACCAAAGUGUCUGUACUUGGAUUCCCACUUGUCCCACCAUCACAAAACCCAUCGAUUAGUGUCACCUCUGGUAUCAUAUCCAAUAUUGUUUGUAUAGAUGGUUGUGCAGUUAGUUAUCAAACAACUGCUCCUGUUCAUAGUGGUAAUAGUGGUGGAGGUUUAUUUGAUUUGAAUGGUAAUUUUUUAGGAGUUGUAACAUGUAAUGCAAAACAAAAGAAUGGAUCGAUUAUUACAGAUCUGAAUUUUUCAAUUCCUACAACCUCUCUUCAAUCAUUCAUCACUAAAUUCUCAUCACCAGCAAAAGCACACAACAUUGGAAGAAACCACAUUCCAUAA